CUACAGUAAAGGACUCCUUUAAUUUGACGAAUAUAUUGUUGUGUGGCUGAUCUGAAUAAUGGGGAAAGCAAAGAUUGCGAUAAAGAGGAUAGACGAUUCAGCAAACAGGCAAGUGACUUUCUCAAAGAGAAGAACUGGGUUGCUCAAGAAAGCAAGAGAGCUUGGGAUCCUCUGUGACGCACAAGUUGGGGUCAUCUUCUUCUCCAGCACCGGCAAGCUCUAUGAAUAUGGAAGCUCCAGCUUGAAGUCAAUUAUUGACCGCUACAAUAAACACAAAGAUGAGGAACAACAUCCGCUUAUGAAUCCAGCUUCAGAAGCCAAGUUUUGGCGGAGAGAAGCAACAGUCUUAAGGCAACAACUACAACACUUGCAGGAACUGCACAGGCAAUUCACGGGUGAACAACUCUCUGGUCUGGGAAUCAACGAAUUAAAAAGUUUGGAAAAUCAACUGGAGAUGAGUUUGAAAAAGGUCCAGAUCAAGAAGGAGCAAAUUUUAGCUGAUGAGAUUAAAGAGUUACAACACAAGGGACAUCAAAUUCGCCAAGAAAAUGUACAACUCUACAAAACAAUGGAAGUCAUUAGUAAAGAAAAUGCAGAAUUACAGACGAAGCUGAGCCAAUCACAGUCUCAAUCUAGUGAAUCACCAACCAAAGCAAUGGAGCUGGGAUUACAGCUGCCUUAGCACAAGCUCUUGGACAAUCUAGGAUUCUUAACGCCACGCUGCCACCAACUUUCCUG